AACAAGAAGAAAACUUUGAGUUUAUCAUUGUCUCUCUCACCGGCCAGACUUGGCACUUUGAAGCUACCACUUAUGAAGAAAGAGAUGCGUGGGUACAAGCCAUAGAGAGUCAGAUCUUGGCCAGUUUACAGUCAUGUGAGAGCAGCAAGAACAAGUCCCGCCUGACGAGCCAGAACGAGGCCAUGGCCCUUCAGUCCAUAAGGAACAUCAGAGGCAAUUCCCACUGCGUGGACUGUGAAGCACAGAACCCCGACUGGGCCAGCUUGAAUCUGGGAGCCCUCAUAUGUAUCGAAUGCUCAGGUAUACACCGAAACCUUGGCACACACCUCUCCCGGGUCCGCUCUCUCGACCUGGAUGACUGGCCUAUAGAGCUCAUCAAGGUGAUGUCUUCUAUCGGGAACGAGCUGGCAAACAGCGUCUGGGAGGAGAGCAGCCAAGGCCAUAUGAAACCUUCAUCAGACUCCACAAGUACCGGCUCAGGUGAAAUUAUAACCUGGGAGAGCACAUACCUGGGCUACCUCCAGCGGUAUCGGAGUAGGUUUGUACUGUUGUCUGUCAUAAAGUCAACUGUUUCUUAUUGCAUUAUUUCGUUAGCACUGAAAAAUGAAUUUGUGGUGCCACCUUUGGUUCAUCUUCGAGAAUGA